UCUCUCUUGCUUCUCUCUCUGCGGCUGCGAGGGAGGAGAGGAGAGGGGAGAGAGCUCGCGCGGCAGCCAUGCGGCUGCUUGUUCCCGACGGCGCGCGCGGCGGCGGCGGCGGAGGAGGAGGAGGGUUGCUCCCGGCGGCGGCGGCGUCGCCGGCGGUGGGGAGGGGGAGGAGGACGGUGGUGGUGGGGAUCAGGAGGGACGCGGCGAGCCGCGAGCUGCUGACGUGGGCGCUCGUCAAGGUCGCCAAUGCCGGGGACCGCAUCGUCGCCCUCCACGUCGCCGCCGCCGCCGCCGCCGCAGCAGGAGGAGGAGGAGGAGGAGGAGGAGGAGCGGUGGGAUUGGAGGAGAGGAGCGACGCGGCGGAGGACUCGCUGGUGUCGGUGCUCGCCGUGUACGACGGCUUCUGCAACCUCAAGCAGAUUAAUUUGGAGCUCAAGGUCUGUGGAGGAUCAUCUAUCCGGAAAACUCUGGUGAAAGAAGCGGCUUCCUACGGCGCUGCGCAUCUCAUCCUUGGUGUUGCGAAGAAUUCUCUAUCUUUUAGUAGAUCCUCCUCCAUUUCUGUUGCCAAGUACUGUGCAAAGAGGGUUCCUACUGGAUGCUCGGUUCUUGCAGUGAACAACGGCAAGAUUCUUUUUCAUAAAGAUGCAGUACAGCAAGAACCAUACCAUAGUGCUAGCACAAUGACAGAGACACCAAGGAGGAGUUACCGGAAGCUCCUGACUUCUGUGAUUGGGGAGAAACUUCGGGAUGAGUGUGAACAAGAUAACAGGUCCAUUUUCCGGGCUGUCACCAUGCCACCAAGCUCUCCGGCACCAACGAGAGAAGUUUCAUUGGCAUUAGUCCCAAUGAAGGUUCACCGUCGUGAAUCACCAGAAGUGGCAACUGGCUGGUCCUUCCUUAGGAAGAAGUUCCUGCCUGACAGAAAACCUGCCUCGCAUGACAGAUCGAAGAUGUCCGUGGUGCAGUGGGCAAUGCGGCUACCUAGUAGGUAUUCGUCAGCUUCACCAGUCUGUUCAGAGUACAGAACCACAACACCAGAUGGCAUCACAAGUGCUAGUCGUAUUUUGCGUGACCGGGUGGCUGUCCCUUCGAGAAGCAAUUCAGGAAAGUCUUCUGUGGUGAUCGAGGAAUUGGAUAAUUCCUCGGAUAAAGAAAUUCCAGAGGAGUUGAUUGCACUCAGAGAAAAAUUCCCUUCCGUUUAUUCUACCUUCAGUCACAGCGAGCUUGCAAAGAUCACUUCUGAUUUCUCACCUGAGUGUAUAGUUGGACAAGGUGGCACUAGCCAAGUUUACAAAGGUUGCUUAGAAAAUGGCAAGGAAUUGGCAGUAAAGAUCUUGAAGUAUUCCGAUGAAGUGCUGAAGGAGUUCGUCUCAGAGAUUGAGAUUGUCAGCUCCCUCAGCCACAAGAACAUUAUAUCGCUUGCCGGUUUCUGCUUCAAGGACACUGACCUUCUGUUGGUGUACGAGUACUUGCGAAGAGGCAGUCUGGAAGAGAUACUGCAUGGUGAGAAAGGAUGUGACAACUUAUUCGGAUGGACCGAGAGGUUCAAUGUGGCCCUUGGAGUUGCUCAUGCACUAGAUUAUCUCCAUGGUAGUGGCAACAAUCGUCCAGUGAUCCAUAGGGAUGUCAAGUCAUCAAACAUCCUCAUCUCACAGGAUUUUGAGCCAAAGUUAUCAGAUUUUGGCCUCGCGCUCUGGGACACUGAUGCAACAUCGCAGAUCACAUGCAACGAUGUUGCUGGAACUUUCGGAUACUUGGCUCCAGAAUAUUUCAUGCAUGGCAAGGUGAAUGACAAAAUUGAUGUAUACGCUUUUGGUGUCGUCCUUCUUGAACUCAUUUCAGGCAAGAAACCGCUUUGCACUGGUUGUCCGAAAGGUCAGGAGAGCCUAGUGAUGUGGGCAAACUCCAUCAUACAGGGAGGAAAACUCACACAACUUGUGGAUCCUAACUUGCCUACAGAGGACCAUGCCAACAAAGUGGAGAGGAUGACCCUUGCUGCUUCCCUCUGCAUCAGACCAACACCUCAACGCCGUCCUCACAUUGCAGUUGUUCUGAAGCUACUUAACGGCGACAAUGGUAUUCUGAAGUGGGCUAGAUCAGAAGUAGGAUUGUCAUACGAGAGCGAUGGUGAUGAACCUGUGGUUACACUGCCAGAGAAUAACCGCAACAUCCAGUCCUACAUCAAUCUUGCAUUCGAUGUCGAUGACGAUUCUGCCUCUGUCAGCAGCAACGAUUUCAUCGCUGCGAACACUUCCCUGGAAGAGUAUUUACGAGGAAGAUGGAGCCGAUCGUCGAGCUUUGAUUGAUCAGUCCAUGGUAUACUAGUCAUUUUUGUAUAGUAGGUAUAGAUCUUUUUUCCCCUUCUUCUUAAGUUAACUUCUUUUGUUCCUUGGAUGAGAAGUGGCACAUGCAAAAUGCCCUCCUCCAAGUCUGUCCUUUAAUCUGAUGUCUUAGAUCUUGUUCUCCCAUAAGUUAUGGGUCUGUUCUAUCAUCUCAGAAGGAUGUAAUUUCCUUGUUAUAAACCAAAAUUCUCUCAUCCAAAGGAUGAGAAAGUGGGAAAUAAACUAGGAAGAUUGUUAUUGCAGGUUUUCUCCCAAAUCAA